CCCCCUAAAGAGUCCACCUUUUUUCUAGCCCUUUAUCUUUCUUCCUCCCAACUAAACAAUCAAUUGACUCAAAAAAUCAGCACAUCAUCAUUAACAACAGUAGCAAAAGAAAGAACAUCAUAAUUUCCCCCAUCAAUUUUCCCAAAAUUUCAAUAAUUUUUUAAAAAAAUUAUAUCUCACCUUUCAACCACCAAUCCUCUCGCAACAACACCACUCACCCACUUCCCCAAAUAAAUUCCUCAUACAUUUCACCUGAAUCAACAAAUUAAUACCCAUCCAACAACUAACUUUCCAAAAAAUAAAAGAGAAACCCACAAUUUUUCAAUUAAUUAAACCUCCAAAUUCCAAUGCAAUUAGCAGAAUUAGCAACAAAAUCAACAUGGAUUUGAGCAACAAAAUUACCCAAAUCCAAAAAAAGAAGAAAUGGUUUAUUCUAUUAUUACUCCCGUUCUUAAUUUUACUCUCUAUUUUCACUUCAUACAACUCUAAAACCCUCUACAAAACCCAUAAACCCAAUCACAAAAACCCAGAAGAAAACCCAGAUUUUGUAGAAUCAAAGUUGAAGAUUUCACCCACUUCACAAAACCCAGUUCCCAAAAUUGCUUAUUUGAUCUCUGGUUCAAGGGGUGAUGGUGAGAGCUUGAAAAGAACCCUAAAAGCUCUGUAUCAUCCAUUAAAUCAAUACGCAGUUCAUCUUGAUUUGGAGGCACCACCCGAUGAGAGAUUGGACUUGAUGGAUUUUGUGGAGAAGGAAAGUGUUUUCAGAGAGGUGGGUAAUGUUAGAGUUGUGUCUAAGAGCAAUUUGGUUACUUAUAGGGGUCCCACUAUGGUGAGCAAUACACUUCAUGCUAUGGCUAUUUUGUUCAAGGAAGGUGGUUCUUGGGAUUGGUUCAUCAAUUUGAGUGCUUCUGAUUAUCCUCUUGUCACCCAGGAUGAUUUGCUGCAUGCAUUAUCAACCAUACCAAGAGAACUUAAUUUUAUUGAGCAUACUAGUGACAUUGGGUGGAAAGAGUUUCAGAGAGCACGACCUGUUCUAAUCGACCCUGGGUUUUACAGCUCGCAAAAAUCUGAUGUCUUUUGGGUCCCUGAAAAAAGAGGCAUUCCUACAGCAUUUAAAUUAUACACAGGUUCUGCUUGGAUGAUGCUUUCUCGGCCUUUCGUUGAGUAUUGCCUAUGGGGUUGGGAUAACCUCCCAAGGACAGUUCUAAUGUAUUAUGCCAACUUUCUUUCCUCACCUGAAGGCUAUUUUCACACUGUUAUCUGCAAUGUUGAGGAGUUUAAGAACACGACAGUAAACCACGACCUCCAUUUCAUAUCAUGGGAUAACCCUCCUAAACAACAUCCUCAUUUUCUGACAGUUGAUGACUAUGAAAGAAUGGUGGAAAGCAACGCCCCCUUUGCCAGGAAAUUUGGCAGGAAAGAAGCUGUGAUGGAUAAGAUCGAUUCUGAGCUUUUGGGUUGUGAUGCCAAUGGAUUUGUGCCUGGAAAAUGGUUAGUCAGAGAAAACGCAAACAGUACAGUCGGUUCUUUAUCUUCUGCAGUGGUAAAUAGCACUGCUGAACUUAGACCAGGUCCCGGUGCAGAGAGGCUCAAACACCUUGUCACAAAGUUAUUAUCAGAAGAAAAUUUUCAUCCGAGGCAAUGCACUUCAAUACCAUUAUGAUUCUUAGUCUUCCACUUGACACGGAUUUUUCUUGAUUCAAAUGAAUCCAGAGCGCGGACAGAGAAUAAAGAAAUCGAUAUAUAUAAAUAUUUAUACUGGUUAGUUUCAUCUUUCACUCUUUCAAUUAGCUCUUUUGAGAUGUGAAAUCAGUUUCAACAGAUGGAUUACAUUGAUAUUGGUGUUUGUAUAUUCAUUCAAUGGUAUAGUCCUUCUCCGAA